AUGAAGCUCUUCGGGUGGAUCUCGGCAGCAUUCCUCGCUUCGACUGUCCUUUCGAUAGAAACGACACCAGCUCCAUCAAUUGACACUAUACCAUUCUAUCCACCCCGCAAUGCAGACUCGGGACGGAGGGCCUUUGAAGUACUACAACUAUUAAGGAAACGGGGCGAUAACUGUCCUUCUGGAUAUGAUUCUUGCACAAACCUAGGCUAUUCGGAUAUAUGCUGUGCCGACGGUAGCAGGUGCACCCGCGACGCCGCUGACAACGUCGCCUGUUGCCCGACUGGAGCAAGCUGUACGGGCACGCUCUCAGAAACCGGAAACGCGGGGGGAGGAGCAACCAGCAGCUUCCGAUUCCCCCAGACAGCGACGGCUACACAGACUACAGAUGGGACGAGCGUGACUCUCACGGGCUCUACAAUUGCCGGGGCAUAUCCCUUUGUCAAUAUUCCGACAUCAUUUGCCAACGCGCGUGUUUGCACAUCAUAUUACUCUCUAUGUCAGAGCGAGUAUACUGGUUGCCUUUCGCAACUCGGAGGAGGCUAUGCUGUGACUGUGGCUGCAGAAGGGGGAGGUGUCACUCGCGCUGAUGGAGGAGCUUCUGCAGCUAUAUCAACAUGCUCUAGUCUGAGUAUGGAGGCAUGUCACGGCCUCAGCAUUGGUUACUGCGGCAGUUACAGUACUGAUGUCUACGAGAACCGGGGAACGAUGCCCAGUCGGAGUUCCAGUCUUGAGGACCUUUUCUUUGGCAUGAUCAUUGGACUUGCCGGGAUGUUCCUAUGA